UUGAAAUGGACCCCUGCGUGACGUGAAUUAUUGGCGCCUGAGACGAGUGUUUCGCAAAAUUAAAAACGAAAACACGGAGAUUUUUUUGUUCUUUAUAUUUCUACAAAACAGAGCAAAAUGCCCAAAGUAAAGAGAAGUCGCAAGCCUCCUCCGGACGGCUGGGAGCUCAUCGAGCCCACUUUGGACGAGCUGGAUCAGAAAAUGAGAGAAGCUGAAACAGAGCCUCACGAGGGGAAGCGAAAGGUGGAGUCGCUUUGGCCGAUUUUCAGGCUGCAUCAUCAGCGGAGUAGAUACAUCUACGACCUCUUCUACAAAAGGAAAGCCAUCAGCAGAGAGCUGUAUGAGUACUGUAUAAAGGAAGGCUACGCAGACAAGAACCUGAUUGCCAAGUGGAAGAAGCAGGGCUACGAGAACCUGUGCUGCCUGCGCUGCAUCCAAACCAGAGACACCAACUUCGGAACCAACUGCAUCUGCAGAGUCCCCAAGAGCAAGCUGGAAGUCGGAAGGAUCAUUGAAUGCACUCACUGUGGUUGCAGAGGAUGUUCUGGCUGAGUGACGUUUUUGGACAUCCUGCCUUUUUCUCGCUGAGGAUCGAGGCUCACCCAGCCUCCAUCUGUGCACUCUCAAAACCUCAAAGCAACCUUGUCAUUAUUUCAGUCGCCGGCAUCAGAAACAAAUCACUGAGACCUUCAGCAUCACGCUCAGUCGCCCUUACAGGGAUCAGUAUUUGGUAUUUUCAAUAACAAGGUUAGCGAAGAAGAGUAAAUGAGAGGGGGCAUAUUGUACUGCUUACAUUUGUUUAUCUGUGUUUUUUGUAUCUAACUAAAGCCUUCGACUUGUUGAGGUUAGCUGAUUCUGGAUCAGGACGUCAUUCCAGCUGGUCUCCCACUGUGUAGGUCAUUUAAAAAAUCUAAUGUUUCAUUUCAUUUAAAGAGUGCUUGGGGAAAUUUUGUUUUGAAAUGUCAAUGUUUUAAACUUUUUCUUCAUUUGUUUUUGUGAUGUCAUUUUAAAUAAAACCAUUCUGAUUUACCUGUU